AUGUCUGAUCUUAGACGAAUUGCUUUAUCCAACACAAACAUAAAGGGUAUGGAUGCGUCAGCCCAAGGGCAAACCCCUACUCCACCACAACUGGGAAAGAAUUCCGACCCUGUGCCCGGUGAAAUGGUGAAAACUGAUUCCGAAAUCAAUUUAACUCGUCCAGAAUUGUACAGUAUGUACAAAGAAGACUCGUUUGUGGAUUUCAAUAAAGACAUUGAUGAUUCAUCUGUGCUUGACUUAAACAUGUUGAGUACUGAAAAGGCCAAUGCCGACGGGAAGAAACAGAAAAAAGCUUCAGGAGAAGCUGCUGCUUCAACUGCAGAAUCAUCCGAAUUGACAUUGUAUACACUUCCAUUACCUUUGAAAUUGGCAAUUUUGGCCAUUUCUGCAUACAUUUACAACCAAGUGACGAGACAUAUAAAUUAUAACCAUUUUAGUGAAAACCAAUUGGUUCAUUAUCCAUUAACAAUAACUCACGUUUUCCUUUACGCAUUUGUUUCGAAAUUCAAAUUGAGCAACUAUAUCCAAAUCAAUGAUGAUCUUCUAAAUGCUGGUGAUGAGAUUAUGGCAUUGACCUUACAAGGUUUGAUUAUGGCUUCUUUACACCCCAUUUUGGAUAGAAUUUUACCGCGUAUUUUGACCAAGAGAUUACUUUCAUCAAACCCCAACCCAAAUUCCAAAACUCAAGUUUCCAGUGAUUUGAUUAGAGCUGGGAUCACUUUCCUAGGAAUCAGUUAUGCUAUUCGCAAAAUCGAAUGGAGCAGUUUUCUCCAAGUGUCGAUUAUUUGGUCCUUGAUUAAUCCCGGGUUAUGGUUAUUGUUGGAUGGAACAGUCUCGGGGUUUUUGGCUUCAUUGCUUGCUUCGAGUGUGGCUUGUGUCAGUAUUUAUUCACAGAACCACAAAUUCAUCAAUGGGUAUUCCAGAACUACUGAUGAUGUGAUUGCAUUGUGGUUGUGGAUUGGAAGCUUCUUCUUUUGUGGAAUAAUCAUUUUUGGUAAACUCGGUAGAGGUUUGUUUAGUAGCAAUUGA